AGUCUUCCUUUACUCUUUUUACGAAUCGAGACGUCGUCUUCUCCGUUUCCCCAUCUCCCCAUCUCCUCUUCUCCAUCUUCUUUCUUCUGUUUUCCCUUUUUCAAUAAACUUUUAAGCCUUCGAUUUACCUCUUCUUCUUGCUUCUUUAUUUUUUCUUCUUAAAAGACUAAGUCGCCGGAAUUUCUGUGAAUCGCCGGAACUGACGAACUGAACGCGAAUCACAGCGACUUGGUACGGAAUCGAACCGUGUUCCGGGACGGACGAUUUGGUUCGCGAUUCUCUGGAACGUUCCGCGUUCCUUGUAUCCAUGAGUUGAACUACUAAUUUUACCUGGUUGUGUUGGUCUGUGAACAGCCUAUUUAUAUGCAUGUAUUAGCUCCUUAUGGAGGCAGACUUUGAUUAUAUAUAUAACUUCUUCUCUAAAUAUUGAUAAUGUAUCAAUUUGGGGAUAGCUUGGGGUAGAGAUUGUCCUGCAGUUCAAUCUCCUGAGGUUUAUAAUCACUGUUCUUGUUGUGUUUAUCAUUAUCUUGUUAUUGUUAUCUUAUUCUUAUAAUUGUGCUGCGUCAGGAUUCCACAAAUGUCUUGAAAAAAUGGUCCCGGAUAUUUCACUACAAGACAAGAUCACGGAACAAUUGGCAUUAUAUAAGAAUGCUCAAGAACUUUUCGGCUUGUCCAUUGCCAAAAGACAACGAACCACCAGAUCUCCUGCGGAUUGGUGGGCUUGUUAUGGUGCUAGCAGUCCUGAUUUGCAAUCUUUUGCAAUCAGAAUUCUCAGCCUAACUUGUAGUGCAUCAGGCUGUGAGAGAAAUUGGAGUGUAUUUUCACACAAAUUAAUCAUGGCACCUUCAAAGAAAGCAACAAAGACAAAAUCAGCUCCUAAUACCACUGCCGCCAACCUUUUAAAGGCAUUAAAAAGAAACAAUUCAGUGGAGACGGGAGGGGUAAACAAAAAGGCGAAGAAGAAGCUGGUGCUGCAGCCUUCACCUCAAGAUUCCUCCCCACAGUCUAUAAAGAAAAAGGCAAUUUCUACCAACCUACAACAGGAACUGAAUAAGAAGAGGAAACGGGUGGAAGAACCGGUGGCUAGUAAAGAAGGAAUUAAGCUUUUAAAACGGGGCGCAGUUACGAUGCAUAGGAUUAUUAGGAGAAAGAUGCUGGGAGUCAAAAAAACCGUGAGUUUCAACGCAAAGGGCGAGCCAUACGGUACUGUUGCCACAGAGAUGCAGUCUUACAUUGGGGUUCUUGCGAGAACUAAGGCCCCUAUUUGGUACGAAAAUUGGAAACGAGUUCCAAAAGAAAGAAAAAACAAAAUCUGGGAUUGUGUUCAGAUGGCAUUUGAUGUGCCAUUAACAGCAAGGAGGAUGGUGUUAAAAUCUGCUUGCCAGAAGUGGAGGGAGUUCAAGAGCCGUUUAACAACGGCUUAUAUUCUUCCUUUUCGUGAACAACCUGAGUUGCUUGCACGUCCACCGGCAGACUAUACAUUUAUUGAGAAGGCACAUUGGGACAUUUUUGUUGCUGAUCGUUUAUCUAAAGAUUUUCUAGAAAUACACAAUAAGCAGAAAUCAAGAAGGAGUUUGAAUGUAUAUGGUCACUACAUGUCUCGGAAAGGUUAUGCCAACCUGGAACAAGAAAUUUCUGGUGGUGAUCCAGAAAUUGAGAUAGACCGGUCAAGCACAUGGCUUCGUGCACGGUGCGAUAAAGCUGGAAAUUAUAAGACAGAUAAAAUUAAGACCAUUGCUGAAGAUAUUGUGAAGAUGAAGCAGAAAGUUCAUGAAGGGGAUGUGAUAGAGUUAGGCACAGAUGAUGUGUUGACCAAAGUUCUUGGGAAUCCUGAGCACCGCGGACGGGUCCGUGGUCAAGGGAGUUAUGUCAAACAAUCUGUCUACUUCAAUCUUCCCAGACAAAAGAGAAAAAGCCGAACAAUUGAAGAGAAGAUACAGGAAGGUAUUCAAAAGUUUAUGAGUGAAGAGACUGAUAGGAUUAUUCGAGAUAGAGAUGCAUUUUGGGCUGCAGAAAUGGCCAAGCUCAAAGAAGCUUUAGUUGGAAAGAAAUUGUGUUUUGAUGGGAGUCCAAAUAUUGGAUCACAACAAGGAAGUUGUUCUAAAGGCGUACUUGAUAAUGUGGAGUUGGAUUUAGCAGCGAGAAAGAAAUUGGAUCUCAAUGAAGAUCUUGGUUCUGCUGAAGGGAAAGAUUCGGAAAAAGAUGAGUUUGGUUUUAAAGAUGAUGUUGAAGGGAAGAAAAAUAUUGAAGAAACAGAUGGUUUUCAAGGGAAGAGAAAUGGUGAACAGAAGGGAGCUGAGGUAGUAGUUGUGGAUGACCCUAUGGACACUGCAUUGAAAAAUGAGUGUCCUUCUCUAUGGGAAUUGUCUAUUGAAACGCCCAACAAUGUUGUUGCACAUGCAACAGUUGACAUGGAUUGUACUAUUCUUCAUGGAAAGCCAAUUGGAAAAGAUAAUGCACGAGUCUCCAUUACUCAUGUAAUUCAAGGAGCUGCUCAGAUCCCGUUUCCAAUUGAAGAUGAGAUCACCACUGUUGAACAAGCUGUUGGGACAUUUAUUGCGUGGCCGAGAAACCACUUACGGGAAGUGAAGGCAACAAGUGAUGAUCUGGUGAAAUCUAGAACUGUGAAGGGAGGCAAGAAAAAUGGCGCAAGGAAAAUGAAGAAGAUGAAUGACUUGGUCUCGGAACCAGAGUAUGCGGUUACCAUGGGCCCUGACUUUCCUGCUGAUUUGAAGAAAUUAUGGCUUUGGGCAAGCGAUUCUUUGAAAGAUGGUCGCUCACACACUUUUCAGUUAUCCGAAGAAGCUUUUGGAUCGAAGGAUAGGAAGCGUUUGUUUCAAUCAGAUAUGAAAGCUUUGUGCUUUGGAGGUGAAAUUUCAGGAGGGGUCAUUUGCAUGUUUAUCAAUGUUCUCCAAGAUAAUUUGAGAAAACACAAAAUGACAGACAUGAUCACUUUUGUUAAUCCGGCCAAGAUUGGCGCCAUUGGUUGUGGUACUCCGGCAGAGAGGUCACGUGCCCUGUCUCUUCGAUUCAAAAAUGCCAAGCCAGGCCAAGUUUUUCUUUUGCCAUAUCACCACACGAACCACUGGGCACUUACUGUGGUUAAUCCAGAUGCACAAAUGGUUUACCAUAUGGACCCGUUAAAGAGACGAAUCGCAAAUGAAGAAUGGACCGAAGUGGUUAACAAUGGCAUCAAAAUUUACAAGGAGGACCUGAAGAGGUUUGUUAAGAAGAAAAUAAAUUGGGAGAAUUUAGCGGGAGUUCCUGCCCAGACUGGGACCACUGAUUGUGGUCUUUUUCUAAUGCAUUAUAUGAAGGAAAUCUGUCUCGACAAGGAACUGAAGUUUGCAACAAAGUGGGCGCGGAGGACCAACAUUGUUUGUGAUACCGAUGACCUCAAUGAAAUGAAGUGUACGUGGGCGAAGUAUUUCAUGAGGCAGCAUGCUAGUUAAGCCGCUUACAUGACUGGUUUAUUUUAGGAUGCACAUAUAUAUAUAUUUUGGGAGUUGUCGUUGACUUAGAUUGUUGUUCUUGUUGCAUGCAAUCAGACUUGUCUCUCUUUUUUGGAUAUGUGCAUCCAAAAAUAUAUUAACAUUGGCCAGUCAGGAGUUGUUUAUUUUCAUGUAAAAAUUUUUUGUUGGAUGGAAUUGUUGGUUCUUGGGUGAAUAUUGGUUGGUGAAUAUUAUUACUUGGUGGAUAUAUAGGUUGGUAGUUGUUGGUUGGUACUUUGUUUGUACUGGUUGGUUUGUUGGUAAUGAAAACUUCUGUUUUUCAA